AGAAAGACAGAGAGAGAGAAAGAGAGAGACACACACACACGAGGUUUGGAAUCGGUCGAUCGGUUUCGUCGAUCCAAACCUCCGAUGAUCCUUCGCGGAUCCAAGUGUUCGUCGCAGAUCGACGCACGUUUAGCUUAUCGACUUUGAUGGAUAUUCGAGGGAAUUUCCGGCGGAUGUGGCUGGUGGGUUGAUAAACUGGCUGUGCUACCGUGAUAAGGAAUUCUGGAGUGGUCAGGAAGGGAUUCGGAGUGCGCCAGCUGCUCGAUUAAAGAGGAUCGGCACGGUAGAAUGUACAGCUGAUCGGAAUGACGAGACACUUUCUGGUGAUCCUAUGCUGCUACCUGUACACGCUCUUUGACAUGGCGGCCCUACAUUUUCCCGAGGAAAUAUGCGAACCGGUACUUUCCACGGAGGUCGAAGGCUGGCAUAUUAAAGUCGAUAGCCUAUCGUCGAGUACCUUUCGACUUUCGGCGAGAAAACGCGGGUACCGGUUUUUUCCGAAGAUCGCAAGGGAGUCGGACCUCGAGGAGUACGGCAGAAAGGAGGCCUCUUUGUCACUCAGGGACAUCCUGCCGUUGAAUCCGAAGCAGUACGACAAACACAGGGCACCGAAGUUCCUGGGCCAGCCUACAAUCGUCUACUUUCACGUGACGGUGCUCAGCCUCGACUCCAUAAACGAGGAAUCGAUGACGUACGUUGCGGAUAUAUUUUUGGCGCAAAGCUGGCGGGACUCUAGACUACGACUUCCGGAGAAUAUGUCGGAGGAGUACAGAAUAUUGGACGUAGACUGGCUGCACAAUAUCUGGAGGCCCGAUUGCUUCUUCAAAAACGCGAAGAAGGUCACCUUCCACGAGAUGUCCAUACCGAAUCACUAUCUUUGGCUGUACCACGACAAGACGCUGCUUUACAUGUCGAAAUUGACUCUCGUCCUCUCUUGCGCGAUGAAGUUCGAGUCCUAUCCUCACGACACUCAAAUUUGCUCAAUGAUGAUCGAAAGUCUGUCGCACACCACCCAGGACCUAGUGUUCAUCUGGAACAUGACGGACCCGCUGGUGGUGAACCCCGAGAUCGAGCUUCCUCAGCUGGACAUCUCGAACAACUACACAACCGACUGCACGAUCGAGUACUCGACCGGCAACUUCACCUGCAUCCAGAUCGUGUUCAAUCUGCGCCGUCGAUUGGGCUAUCACCUGUUCCACACUUACAUACCGUCCGCGUUGAUCGUCGUCAUGUCCUGGAUCGCGUUCUGGAUCAAACCCGAGGCGAUUCCCGCCCGGGUCACUCUAGGAGUGACGUCACUGCUGACCCUCGCGACUCAGAACACGCAGUCCCAGCAAUCACUGCCUCCGGUCUCCUACGUGAAGGCCAUCGACGUGUGGAUGUCCUCGUGCAGCGUGUUCGUGUUCCUGUCGCUCAUGGAGUUUGCUGUGGUUAAUAACUACAUGGGACCGGUGGCCACCAAGGCCAUGAAGGGCUACUCGGACGAGGAUCUAAGAGAGGCCAUCGACGAAUUCAAAACACCCAUGAGGAACGAAUCGGAGAGAAGCAGAAGUCCCGUGAGACCUGCAACCGUGCAAUACGACACCUGCUGCCAGGGUCGGGCAACAGCGAUCUACAUCGACAAGGUGUCCAGAUUCUUCUUCCCGUUCUCAUUCCUCAUCCUGAACGUCGUCUACUGGAGCACCUUCCUGUAGGAGGUCUGCCCUUCUCUCUCGAACACGGAAACGAAGAUCGCUGGAUCGUCGACGGUCUCCAACGAUGUCUUUCGUUCGAUCUUUGUUAAUCAUUUCGAUUCAACCAAAUGAAACUCCAUAGACGAGCGAAAUAAUGAUAUUAUACGAUUCGUUGCUUGGAUAAAUCGUCAAGGAAACUUCGGUUUCAGCCGGACAACGAGAAAUUUAGCUUUGGUCGUUCGACGGAACGCAUCGAACAAUUAACAAAAAUCGAACGAGUCGGAAGGUUUUUCUACGACGAGAUAGUCCGCUAGAAGAAUUUUCAGUGUCUUUUAUAUAAUAUAGAGAACAAGCGCCGUCAACGGUUCAUUAAUCGUAAGAGCAUCCUAACAAUUAAGUCGCAUUAAGGUUCCUCCAAAGAGCGCAUAUCGAAUCGAACGAUCGCGUACUCACCCGUUUGGGCGAUCCACGGCAGCAGCGUUCACCUUCGACGCGGAUCGCAUCUGUAUCACGUUGAACAAUCUCUUAAGACCCGUUCGCUCACCGCGAUUGAUCGUUCAAUUUAGCCGGUCUGUUCGGUUACUUGCUCUUGUCUGCUCGAGUUUUGCUACGAUAGAUACACUCGAUGAUAUUUUCCGCGAAACGUUCUCGCGCACAGCCUCGCGUUUCCUCGGUAUCUCGCCGCAUUUUAGCUUUUAAAAUAAUAAAAUAAUUCUACGAACAUUGAUUACCUGCACACAAAGUAGAGGAGCGAUAAAAAAUGUAAAAAAAUUUCAAGAUCGUUGAAAGAAUACUUUUAUGCAGAAACAUUGUUUUCGUAAAGUGGAACGAUUGAAAAUUGAUAAGAAUACAGCUUUACAGAGCUUCGACAUGCAAUCGCUUCGAAUAUCACAAACGAAAAGGCAAUGCUGUUCGCGUGAACGUUCGAUCGUGAUUACAUCUUCGCAGAACAGUUUUACUCGUUGUGUGUGAUCGCAGAAUUUAAGGACAAAUAAACGGACUAUUAAUACGUAGACACGAGUCCUGCAACCUGCGAGGAAUCGUUUGCCCUGUUGCGAAAUAAAUUGCGAAGGUAAAAGGAUUGGGUGAAGGGGGCAAUGAAAAAGACGUGGAGCUUUGCGAGUCAGCUUAUUUAUUCUUUCGACAGUCGAUAGAGCCUUUUAUUCGAGUAUUUAAACAGAUCCUGGCUUCCUGCCUCCUUGCGUCCCCUUCUUUUCAGUCUGCUGGAUCGAUGGAACUUGCUUGCUCCCGCCAAGUUCCAACCUCGAAGAGCCGGAGAACUCGAGGUCGCCACCUAGAGUCUACAAUCUUGGACAAACUUUAACUUACCAUUCUUUCGGUAUUAAAAAAAUAAUCUCUGAAUCUAUUUUUAUCAAAAGUAAAGACAUCUUGAGUAUAAAGAUUAAACACAGAGGAGAAAGACAAAAGGAUUGUUAAGUGUAAUAUCGGGUAUCGAUACCUGUUUCUCGAAAUCGAGAAAGUAUUUCCCACCAUUUUCGAGCAACGAACCCGGUACUUGUCAUCCUUGCACGAAUUAACGAUCGUGGCAUCGUUUAAACCGCAACGGCCAGAGUUGCAGCAACGAAAAAGGAUUGUCUGGUACGCGAGGUGCGAGGGAACAGGAAGUGGAAGCUCAUAGAGAAACAGGGAACUUGGCUGAACGACAAAGGACCUCGCCAUUUCAUUUUCCUCUUGCGCCGUUUGGAUCGCGGCACUUUUAGUCGAUGACGAGGAUCUCCAGUAAACGACCAGCAGUAAUUAAUUGGAACGAAUGCGCGGCCUGGCUCCGGUUGCUCGCGCGGAAUAAUUAAAUCCGUAUGUAAGGUGGCGUAAUUGUAACGCGGUCGAAUGGAUAUCUAUGUGUCGCGAGACGGAACACGUUGCCUCGAAAAGAUGUUCCACUUUUUUUUCUGCGCUGCCGCUUAAUUAAAACAACGCGUCGUCCACGUUUUUCCGCGGCUCCUCUACUUCCCCCGUCUCUGAUCCCGUUCUCCCGGUACCGCUUUAAUAAUCCCGAGGAACGCGAAACGCUCCUAUCUAAUAGGUUUUUAACGGCCAACGUCGCGAAUCUCCCUGCUCCAUUUCUGAUUUUGCCAACGAGCUUCUCCGUCCAACUCCCAGCGUCUGGAUAUCGCUUCGUUAAACGGCGUGCUCUCGUAAGGCGAUCGAACGAACCUGUUAGAGGCGAGAAAGCGGAGCGAAAUGCUCGCGCUUCCUACCUUCUUUUAAUUUAAUCUGUUGGAAAGUUUGGAUAGGAAGAGGAACCCGCUUAUUCUCCGUUUAAAUUCCCACGCCACUUAUUUUCCACUUUCAACUCGCUUUCUCCUUUCGAUCUUUACGCGAGCAGCCAAAAUGCCUACGAUUAUGCAACUUAAUAAGUAAGCUCGAAGCUUAUUUGUUACGUCCUUUAGAGAUGAUACUCAUCGUCCGGCCGGAGUAAACUCCUGACCAAGCUCAAACUGGUAACAAUAAAUAAUUCUAUGGAAGUGUUUCCCUCGGGGCAAUUUGUUCUCUAGUAGUGCGCGCCGCCACUUCAAGUCGUUUUACUCCUUCAAAACGUCGCUUUGAGGACCGAUCUAGCUGUCACCACCUAUCUCUUUUCUUUCCUCCCUGGACCCUUGUCUUUGUCCGCCGUUUCGCCGCGUUUCUGCCCAUCUGUACGGUGGCUGGCUUCUA